CCGAUGCGGGUCUUGGUGCUCGGAGCGACGGGCUUUGUCGGCUCAGCCGUUGCCCGUGCCUUUGUAGUUGCCGGCUACCAAGUAUUCGGUACCUGCCGCACAGAAGGAAAGGCUGCUGCCCUCCGCCGUAAUGAAAUCACUCCGGUGAUGUGCGACCUCGCCAAGGCUGAGAGCUACGCAGAGGCGCUGGAGGACGUUGGCGUCAUUGUGCACUGCGCACUUGAUGCCACCGCCCCGCAGAAGACCGAUGCUAUCGUGGUUGAUGCCAUCAAUGCGGCGUGCAGGGCAGAGCCUGGGAAGACUGUCAUCAUGCUCUCGUCCAUCUGGAUGUACGGCGAGCAGCGCCGGGUCAUUGACGAGGCGACGGCCGACAACCCGCCCAAGCUCAUCCGCUGGCGGUCGAGCCAUGAGGAGUCUGUCCUCCGCAACGAAUGCGUCGCUUCGGGCUUUGUACUCCGCUGCGGCGUGGCCUACGGCCGCCAGGGUUCGCUGCUCUCAGUUUACGCCGGGCAGGCUGCAACCCACGGCUCGAUCCGGUUCCCCGGUGACGGCGCCAAUCACAUGCCGAUGGUCCAUGUCGAUGACAUUGCGCGCGCCUGUCUGGCCGCCUGCGAGUCAAACCUCCUCGGCCCUAACGUGUUUGUUGUCUCGGCCUCGAACGUCAUGGUCGCCGAGCUCAUGCACGAGCUCGCCACCGCCUGCGAGCUCGAUUCGAUGGACAACGUCGCGUACACGGGCAAGCCCCAUAACAUCGACCUUUUCGGUCGCUGCCUGGUCAUGGACCAGAAGGCCGACGCCUCGUUCACCCGCUUGAAGCUGGGUUGGACCCCGCUGCACCGUCCGUUUUGCGACGAUGCCGCCCGCUACGUCGAAGCCAUGCGCGAGUUCUUGUAGAAUCUUGCACCUGAUGAAACACCUCCUCAACUCCUUUA